AUGGCGACUUUAGCAGACGAGCUCUUGAAUGAUUUUGAGGAUUCUGGUUCUGAGGAUGAACACAAACUAGCCAACGAUUUGUUCCAGGAUGGCGUCACACAAGCUGGUCUUGAUGGCGGUAUUGAAACUCGGGGUGAAGAGAUGGAACUGGACGGGGAUGAAGAGGAGGUGGAUGACGAAGAAGCUGAUGGGGAUGCUGUUAUAGAUCCAAAUGGGAAACUGACCCAGGAGAUGGGAGAAGCUGAGGCGACCAAGGCAAAGGUUGAUAAAAUGCGCUUUGGGACCGUGAGCGAUGUACGAAGCGUGGCAAACUUAAUGAAGACUCUACAACCGAUUUUAGAUAAAGUAUCCCAUUACCAAUCGAUACCACCCGAAAAAAGAACGACUUCAGUCGGCUCGAUUGAGGAUAAUCCUGAAUAUCAUCUGCUUACGGAAGCAAACUCUCUUUCAACCUCGAUCGAUAAUGAGAUCAUUCUUGUCCAUAAAUUCAUCCGGGAUCACUACUCAACUAGAUUUCCGGAAUUGGAGACUUUGGUGACAAACCCGUUAGACUACGCGAAGACUGUUGCGAUUUUACAAAAUGGACCCCUCGACGAUAUCAAAUCUUUGUCAACCUCUUCAGAUAACUUGGUUGGGGCUACUUUGAGAUCUGUUCUUGACGGGCCUUCAUUGAUGAUCAUCGCAGUCGAGGGAACAACAACGCGAGGACGAGAGCUGUCUCAAUCUGAACUCAAGACUGUUCUAGACGCAUGCAAAAUGAUGUUAUCCCUCGACCGUGCCAAGGCUAUAUUAACCAACUAUGUGCAAUCUCGAAUGAAUAUCUUUGCACCAAAUUUAACUGUUCUUAUUGGGUCGCUUACUGCAGCGCAGCUGCUCAAUUACGCUGGAGGCCUUACAGGAUUAGCGAAGACCCCUUCCUGCAAUAUUCCACCAUUGGGUUCAAAGAAACAAACAGGGACGGGUUUCGCAACUAAUGUAGGUGUCAGACAUCAAGGAUUUCUUUACCACUCGCCUAUCAUUCAGGGAAUCCCAAACGACCUUAAGCGACAAGCGAUGCGCAUCGUAUCCGCCAAAGUAGUUUUGGCAGCCAGGGUUGAUCGGGUGCACAGUAGUCCGGAUGGAUCUACGGGAGAAGAGCUGAAGCAAGCUUGUUUGGACCGGCUUGAGAAGCUAACUGAGCCUGCUCCAAAUAAAGGGCCUCGAGCUCUACCGGCGCCUGAUGAUAAACCAUCAAGAAAGCGGGGUGGACGAAGAGCACGAAAGGUGAAAGAGGCAACAGCAAUGACAGAGAUCCGGAAAGCACAGAAUCGUUUGGCUUUUGGAAAGGAAGAAAAGGAAGUUGGUUACGGAACUGGAGAGAGUACGAAAGGCUUGGGCAUGCUUGGUCAACAAGAUAAUGGCAGGAUUCGUGCAAACCAAAUCGACCAGAGAACCAAGGCUAAACUCAGCAAACCUAACAAGGGAUGGGGAGCUGCCACCCCAAUCGGAGGAACUGCGUCCUCACUGCGAGGCUUUGGUCAUGGUGCAGGUAAUGCAAGCGUAUUGCGGGCACAGGGGCUCCGGACUGCUGGGGUUGGACCUUCGCUUGGUGCUGGUGCUGGAACAGCUAGUUCAAUCGCCUUUACCCCUGUGCAAGGCUUAGAGCUCGUCGAUCCGAAAGCCCAAGCCGAGCUUAACAGGAAGCGAAAAGCCGAGGAGGAUAGGUGGUUCAAAAGCGGAACAUUUACACAGGUUGGAAGCAGCACUACGGGCGGUUCCAAUGGUGAAUUUAAAGUUCCAGAGCUGCCAUCUAAAAAAAAGCGGGUCGAUGCUGGCGGAAGCAAUAUGGCACCUCCCCCGGCUCCAUGA